GUUGCUAACUUACUUGGCACUACCACAACCCUCACACUGCCCCAACAAUGUUCUCUGGUGCUGCUCCAUGGACAACAUUUCCUCUUUGACUUCUCGCUCUCCCAGUCGGCUCCUCUGCUCCUUCCUUUUACUUGCUCUAUUGUUUUUGUGAAACCCCCACUUCACUGAUUUCUUUCCUCUUCCUGGUGAAUAUUAGAGUUUUAGUUUUUCCUACUGAACCUUUAAAUUGCCAUCAAUGUGAUUGUUCUUCAACCACAUUCAGUGCCUCAUGUGUCUUUUGUUUAAUACGUCUGAUGUUUCUUCCUCUAUUCUGCAGCGCUCCAUCAAAUAAACAAGAAUCAGUUUAUAUAAAAACCUCAUUUAUCCAGAUAGAAACAGUAGUGGACUAAUGCCACCAACCUGAGGGAACAUUAUCUACCAGAUACUUUACAGACACAGUCUUCCACCUCUGACCUGAAUAAAUGUGUUAAUAACAAAUCUUUGUUCUUCCUGAAAUUCCUGUUGUCUUUACUUUAUUCACAAGUCCCUCCAUCCAAACUAUGAUGCUCUUUCUCUACUGCCAUAACUGAUUCCUUCUAUCAAACAUACACUCGGGUCCAUGGAGCCUCUGUCUCCUGAAUCCUCUGACAAGGGGACAGACUUCCCUUUGUUUCCAGGUAACAUGUCAGUCUGUCAGUGAUCGUUCUGUCCUUUAUCUGACUUAGAUUUGACGUUAGAGCUGUUGGCCUCUAGUUUACAAGUCAUAAUGGAUUCUUCCCUGGUUUCCUAAUAAGAAUAAUCUCUGCUUCCUUCCAUCCAAACCCUGAUACUGCUCUUGUCAUUUAUUGACAGUUAAUGAAGGAUCCACCAGCAUCAGCACUUCUCUCCAGAACUCCAGCAUGGGCUGUUCUAGUCAUCCUUCUGCCUUUGUCUUACUUACUAUUUGGACUUCAGGGAAACUUGAUUGUGUUUUGGUAUAAACGUCGCCAUCUGGUGGACAACGACAGUCAUUGACGCAUGAGUUCAUAGCAGAGGAGAGUUUGUGUGACGUGCAGCUACGAGGGAGUUUUGCCUUUUAUUAUAUAACUGAAAGGUUGAAGGAGACACUAAACAUUUUCACAGUGAGAUAUUGUUUAGUUCAAGUGUUGAACAGACGUUGAAUGUUCAAACAUUAACGUUUGGUUUAAUCUAGGGCUCCUGACGUCUUGACGUCGUAAAGAAGGGGAGGAGCCAGUGAAACAAAGCGGGACUAAGUUUAACUUCCUGAUUUAGAGAGAACAGAGCAGAAGGAGCGUAUUAAACACCAAGAAGAAUAAAAGUUGAGGGGGGAGUCAUGAUGACAUCAGAGAAGCUGUUAAACAUUCUAGAAGACUUGAAAGAUGAGGAAUUCUCUAAAUUCAACUGGUUCCUGCAGCAGCCUGGAAGCCUGGAAGGAUUCACAACCAUUAAAGCAAGUCGACUGGAACACGCAUCACCAUGUGACACAGUGGAUGUGAUGGUGCAGACGUACAGACCUUGUGGAGCAGUGGAGGUGACCCGGAAGGUUUUAGAGAAGAUCAGCAGGAACGACCUGGUGCAGAGUUUGUCUGACAGCAGCUCAGAACCAGGAGGUGAGUCACACAAAGAAGAUGUGAUGGUUCCAGUACUAGAGCCACGGCCCAUCACAUAUUACCAGCAGAUGCUUCAAUCAAACCUUCAAGACAAGUUUCUGUGUAUGAGAGAAGGUUGGUCAGAUAACGACCAACUUCUGGAUGACAUCUACACAGAGCUGUACAUCACAGCUGGGCUGGAUUCACACAUCAACACACAGCAUGAGGUCCAACAGGUUGAGACAACACAGCAGAAGCAAAGAUCAGCAGAGGAGCCAGUGAAGCCCAGUGACCUGUUCAAACAUCUCCCUGGUAAAUACAGACGCAUUAGAACAGUGUUGACCAAUGGAAUCGCUGGGAUUGGAAAAACGGUCCUUGUGAACAAGUUUGUGUUGGACUGGACCCAACAAAUGUCCAAUCAAGACGUGCAUCUAAUUUUCCCCUUCACCUUCCGUCGGCUGAAUCCACUGAAGGGACAGAAGUUUAGUUUGUCAGAGCUCAUUCAUGAAUGUAUCCCAGAAACUGAGUCCAUCAGUCUUGGGGCUCUGAAUUACAUCUUUACACAUCUACAGUCAUCAGGAAACAGCAACUAUGACAAGAGCAGGUUUAAACUUCUGUUUGUGUUGGAUGGACUGGACGAGAGUCGCCUCCAACUGGACUGUAGCACCAGUGAGAAGGAGACGGGUCAACGUGACGUCACAGAGUCCACCUCUGUGGAUGAGCUGCUGACAAAACUCAUCAGAGGAAAACUACUACGCUCUGCUCGCAUCUGGAUCACCACACGACCUGCAGCAGCCAAUCAGAUUCAUAGAGACUUUGUCGACGUGGUGACGGAAGUCAGAGGGUUCACUGACCCACAGAAGGAGGAGUACUUUAGGAAAAGAUUCACAGAUGAGGAGCAGAGCAACAGAAUCAUGUCCCACAUCAAGACGGCACGAAGCCUCCACAUCAUGUGCCACAUCCCAGUCUUCUGCUGGAUCACUGCUACGGUUCUGGAGAAUCUGCUGGAAACCAAAGAGGGAGAAGAGCUGCCCAAGACCCUGACGGAGAUGUACGCAGAGUUCCUGGGGUUUCAGAUGGAUCGGACUAAAGACAAGUACGGACCAGAACAGAGCAGCAACUACAUCAAGUCAUUAGCUAAACUGGCUUUUAAGCAGCUGCUUAAGAGAAAAUUAAUCUUCUAUGAGGGAGAUCUGAAAGAGAGUGGCAUCGAUGUCAGUGGAGCCUCAGUGUGUUCAGGAGUGUUCACAGAGAUCUUUAAACAGGAGCGAAGGAGGAAAGCCAAGAACAAGAUGUUCAGCUUUGUUCAUCUAAGCGUUCAGGAGUUUCUGGCUGCUGUUCACAUGAUGCUCUGUUACACCAACGGGAAGAUGGAGGAGCUGGAGAACUUCCUAGGAACCUCCAAUGCUGCUCUGGAUGUUGUCCUGAGUAUAACCAUGAAGAAAUCCCUCCAGAAUCCAAGUGGCCAUCUGGACCUGUUUGUUCGCUUCCUUCAUGGCCUCUGUCUGGAGUCCAACCAGAGAAUCUUAGGAGGUUUGCUGGGUCACACCGAGAACAGUCCAGAAACCAUCCAGACAAUCAUCAACAACCUGAAGAUGAUGGGCAGUCACUCUCCAGACAGAAACAUCAACAUCUUCAACUGUCUGAUGGAGAUGAACGACCACUCAGUCCAUCAGCAGAUUCAAGAGUUCCUGAAGUCAGAGAACAGAUCAGAGAAGGAACUCUCUGGGAUCCAGUGCUCAGCUCUGGCCUACAUGCUGCAGAUGUCAGAGGAGGUUCUGGAUGAGUUGGACCUGAACCAGUACAACACAUCAAAAGAGGGGCGACUGAGACUGAUCCCAGCUGUGAGGAACUGCAAAAAGGCUCAACUUUCUGGCUGUGGACUCACAAAGACUCACUGUGAAGUUGUGGCCUCAGCUCUGAAGUCCAACUUGUCACAUCUGGCACAUCUGGAGCUGAGUAGCAAUGACCUGCAGGACUCAGUGGAGGUUCUGUGUGCUGGACUGGAGAGUCCUCACUGUCGACUGGAGACUCUGAGAUUGAGUGGCUGCAGUUUGUCAGAGUUCAGCUGUGAUUCUCUGAUCUCAGCUCUGAAGUCCAACCCGUCACAUCUAACAAAACUCGACCUGAGUAACAACGACCUGCAGGAUUCAGGAGUGAAGCAGCUGUGUGGUUUUCUGGAGAGUCAUCACUGUGGACUGGAGACUCUGAGACUGAGUGUGUGUGACCUGUUAGAGCGAAGCUGUGAAGCUCUGUCCUCAGUUCUCAGCUCUCAGUCCUCUUGUCUGGGAGAACUGGACCUGAGUAACAACAACCUGCAGGAUUCAGGAGUGAAGCUACUGUCUGCUGGACUGAAGAGUCCUCACUGUCGACUGGAGACUCUCAGGCUGUCAGGCUGUCUGCUCUCAGAGGAAGCUUGUGUCUCUCUGGCCUCAGCUCUGAGCUCCAACCCCUCCCAUCUGAGAGAGCUGGACCUGAGCUACAAUCAUCCAGGAGACUCAGGAGUGGAGCUGCUGUCUGCUGGAGUCAAAGAUCCACACUGGAGACUGGACACUCUCAGGGUGGAGCCUGGUGGAGUCCGAUGGUUGACACCAGGUCUGAGCAAGUAUUUCUGUCAACUCACCAUCGACACAAACACAGUGAACGGGAAACUACAACUGUCUGACAACAACAGGAAGGUGGCACUAGUGAAGGAGGAUCAGUCAUAUCCUGAUCAUCCAGACAGAUUUGACCUGUGGCCUCAGCUGCUGUGUAGUAAUGGUCUGACUGGUCGCUGUUAUUCGGAGGUUGAAUGGAGAGGAGACGUUGAAAUAUCAGUGAGUUACAGAGGAAUCGAAAGGAAAGGAGGCAGUGGAGACUGUGUGUUUGUACGCAACAAUCUGUCCUGGAGUCUGAUCUGCUCUGAUGAUGGUUACUCUGUCAAACACAACAACAUAGUAACAUUCAUCUCCUCCUCUGUGUCUCACAGAGUAUCAGUGUAUGUGGACUGUCCUGCUGGGUCUCUGUCCUUCUACAGAGUCUCCUCUGACAAACUGAUCCACCUUCACACCUUCAACACCACAUUCACUGAACCUCUUUAUCCUGGGUUUCUGCUCUAUUCUCCUGGUUCCUCAGUGUCUCUGUGUGAUGUGUCGUAGUGAGAGUUUGAUCCUGUCAUAGAAACGUUAUUACUGUGGAACAUAGUUCAGUCUGUUCAUGUCUGUCUUGUUUCAGAUUCAUGUAUUAAACCAGGUUCUUUCUGAAAGAGUUUCUCAAUGAUUCUUUGUGAACUUCUUCCUCUUCCGUCCUUUAAAUGUGGAAGCUCUGGUAUGGGUGUGAGUAUAUAUCUGAGAGUGCAUGGGUUUCUCGUAUGAUUGACUAGUUGUUUGUGUCUGUGUGAGUGUGUAUGCGUGUGGUGCAGUUGGUGUGGGUGUCCGUUUCCUGCUCGCGGUUGUGGUGGAAAUUUCCCAUAAGGAGGCAGAUGAGAGCGUUGUCUUGAGAUUUAUUUUAAAAAUGAUGGGGAAAGCAAAUCAAAAACAUGGAUGUUGAUCGUGCACAUCAACAACAUCAAGAGCAGCUGGGGAGAUCAGUGCACACACCACGAAGGUGUGAUGCCAAGAGGCCACAAUCCUCAAGUCGUCUCUGCCUUUUAACCCCUUUCUCUGGCCCCGGUGGAAUGUCUCUCCGGGGGCCGUUUCAAGAAGGAGGAUUCACAAACUGAACUCUGAGUUGACUGUUGACUUACACUGAGUUUGCAAACCUGGACUUUUCGGUUUCAGAAGAGGUGAAAAGAGUUUGUUUAAGCAACUCUGAGUUGAUUGACUCAGAGUUAAGCGUGUGCACCGUGACGAUACAAAGCCCUGAUCAAUGGAGUGAAGAUAUUAGUGUCAGGGCGGCGUAGAUGACGGACCCACAUGCACAGCACAAGACGAGGUUUACUGGUGUUACAGAAUGACGUUUAUUCCACAAUGCAGAAUCAAAUCCAGGCAGGGUCAUACACAGGAGGUCUAGCCGGUUAAACAGGAUCAGGCAGAAGCGUAGUCAGGGACAGGCACAGGUCAGACACGAGAGGUGAGUACAAUACCAAAACGGCAGGCGAAGAAUCGUGGUCAGGCAGGCGAGGUCGGUAACAAGCAGAAGCAACAAUCAAGGCAGACAAGGAUCAGGCAGGCUCAGAAUCGGAGGUCAGAACUGGAAACACGGUACACAACAAGGCAGAACUAGAAACGCUGGAAAGUGGUGAUCUCACGCAACAAUCUGGCAACUGGAGUCUGUGAUGGGUGAAUGCUAAAUACCGGUGUUGAUUAGUAAACUGCUAACAGGUGUGCUGAGUGAUCCGGGGACUGAACGGAGAAACAGGAAGUAUACAAAAUAAAACCGGAAGUCCUUUCCGUGUGAAGGGCGGGUGACAAGCCCGGAUGUGACAAUUAGGAGUCACCAUGGCAACAGCACAACAAAAGAGGUCCGGAAAUGGAUAUAAUACCUCAAGCAAAUAGCGACUACAAGCCUAUACUCCGUAGAAAAAGCAACACGGCUGCAGCGGCAAAAGAGAAAGAAUUAGCUUGGAAGAAAAGAAAAGCUGCUCGAGUCAAUGCAUAAGUUUAUACUUUAAUCAUACAGUGUUCAGUGUAAACAAUUACUAAAUGGUUACUAAAAAGUUAGUAUUGUUAUAUUUCACUUGUAAAGUAAAGACUUGUAAAGUAAUUUUUCACUCAUCUAAGGAGUUACUUCAGUAACUGCAUAAAAUACCAAAGUUUGUAUGAAUUAAAAGUACAGUGUUAUGUCUAUGCGUUUUUAAAAUUCCUGUUGUGGUUGAUGUUUAAAGUAAUAAUAAUUCAAUAAUCCAAUACGUUUUAUGGAGAGCAUGUCGUGGAAAUUUGUAAUAAAAGGCAGAUGAGA